CAGCCGGCCACCGCCAGAGCACCACCGGUGAUCCCCACGAGAGUACGGGCCCACAUCGCCACCGCCGUCACUUCCGCCGCAGAUAUCGGUUGUCCCCGUGACUCGCGUGUUAUUAUAAUAACAUUAUUAUAGUAUAAUAUUAUGUUACACGAUUAUUGUAUAUUAUUAUAUUAACAUAAUAUCACUGCCGUAUAUUAUAUAUAAAUAAAUUAUAAUGCGAAUCGCAUCGGAUUAUUACCCUUUUGUUAACAACGCGUCUACGGUGCCGCCGCGUAUUUUCGCAGCCGCUACCGCCAUCGCGGUUGCAGCUACCGUAACCCGUAACAGGGCGGCGUAACCGCAAGACGGCGUACACGGACACGGGCAGGCCGGCCGACCACAUGGAGUGCAAACUGGACACCAUCGGGUUCUACACCAUCGACCGGCGCAUCGGCAAAGGCAACUUCGCCGAGGUUCGGUUGGCCACGCACCGACUGGUCAGAAGCGAGGCAAGUGACCGCCGGCGGUACAAGGCGCGCGCGCUCUAACAAACGUGGUACCAUCACUCCAUCCACCCAUUGACGUAACUAUAAACACACAGGGACGGGCUCAGCCCCCGCAAAAUCAUGUCAAGCCCUAUCCGAGACACCCAUACACGGUUCGGACUUGUGUGCCGUAUACCUAUGCCUCAAUUAGUUUUCAGUCUUAGGCUUUGUUUAUUGUCCGGAGGCAGGAGCUCUUAGUAAGAAACCGAAAAAUUAACGAAUCCACUGGAAACACGCAAAAUCGUGUAUUAUAGAUUUCGAUUGUUCGGUAUAAAAUAAUUCCAACGAAAGUCCACGAAAUAUUAUUAAUAAUAUAAUUAGCUACUAUUAUAUAUUAUAUAGUCGUAUUAUUAACUAUUCUAAAUUGUUUACGCCAAAUACAGAUUACUGUAUAUUUCGCUUCAAGUUUUUACGUACUCGACUUGUUGAUUUGUUUUAAUUAACGCAUUUUAAAAUUUUAAUCUGUCCACAGAGCUCUUGAGUGGUAGUAGUUCUCGUGAAGUCCCAGGGCUUGACAUAGUGCACAUUGGGAACCGCUAUAGAUCAUCAUUAUAAAUAUUAUAAUGUAUACAAGAUUGUCGUGUAUAGGUAUAUUUAAUGGCCUAUGGGGACGUUUGAUUUAAUUUAUGAUAAGAUUUUUGUUAUCUUUUCUUUUUCAUUGUUGGAACGAAUAUAACGGGUAUAUAUAUCAGGAAUAUCCAGUUAAGUCUAGUUAGUUUAGCUGAGAUAGUUAAGUAUUUACUUAACUGUUUUGUGAAUUUUCACUACAAUCGUCGGACGAAUCGCGUUAAUCCAUCGUAUUAUUAUUAUUUUAUGAUUCGCUUGCGUAAAUUCCUAACAUAUUGCUCGUAUUGUUUCGACGGCUUAAAAUCUCUUGGGUGUUCGUUGAACGUUUUUUAAAUUAAACUCCCGAGAUUAUAAUUAUAUAUCCGGUGAUAUAAGUAUAAGUACACCUAUCGCCAGUGGUGUAUCCAACAUUUUUUUAGGGGGCGGUAAACACAAUCUAAAAUUUUACUAAAUACACUACUACUACUAAUAAUAAUAAUAAAAAAAAAAACAAAUAGUUAACUAUUUAAUGUUUUUAAUGAAAAUAAUUUAUUUAUAUUUUUAGUCAGUCAUUAAGUUAUAGUACAUAUAUACAUAUUAAUAAAUAGUAAUUUAAUAAUAAAAGCAGAAAUUUUAGAAAAUGUAUACGUUCAUGGAUACAAAUAAAGAAUAUAAAUCUUUAAAAAAAAGUAAAUAAGUAAAUACAGUUAAUAGAGAGGGGGGUAUGGCCCCUAUGCCUCCGUACAUAUUGAUGUUACCUUACACGUAUCGUACGUAUAUAAUAUAUAUACAUAUCAUGUUCAAGUCGAAUCGACAGGUUUGGUAUAAUUAUUCGUCUAUUCAUCGUUUGACGAUUUUAUGUUAAUAGUACAGUAGGUAUAUUGAAUAUUCUGUUAAAACCCUUGCAAUUUAUUCGAUUCAUCAAUUUAAUUAACACUAUAUAAGUUUUUAAUUUACGCUUUUCAGUUAAGACAUGCGGUAAACAGAUUGACAUGCGUAUAGCUAGGUAGGUAGAUACUCAAAAAACAAUACGGAAUGAUUGAAAAUCGGGUUAAUCAAUGAAAGUAUAGAUAGAAAUCAAGCGAAUAAAAUCGAUUAACCUGUAUAGUCAAACGAAUAUAACAAAUCGAUUUGUUUAUAAUAUUAGAAUUUUUAAUUUAUUAAUCAAUUUAACGUUUGUUACUAUUAUACUUGGAAAUUACUAAAUAAUGCACAAUAUUAUAUAGGUAUUUUAUACAUAUUAUAAUGAUGAUAUCAAUUCACAAUAUACAGUUGUUUCACGUUAUAGUUUUGAGAGUAGAAAAACGAGUACUCCACACCCCUAUAUUCUCAAAACUAAUAUAUAUAAUUUGGAAGACCCUGUAUACUUAUGCAAUAAGACAUGAGAUGUAAGUGAUAAGUUGUUGUGUAAUAUGUAUUCGAGUGUUGUGCGUAUAUACAUCGUGUGAUCAAAAGUUUAGUCUAUCUCGACAUACUCAUUUUUUAGGGGGUUUUUAGUUUACGUAAUAUGUUUGUUACUUAAACGUGUUUAGGUUAAAAUGCGCUAAUGUUAUAUUAAACUCUGAAUUUAUAAUAUUUUUUCAUUAAUGCCUUAUGCCUAAUGUUUAAAACUAUAAUAUUUUUCAAAUUAUACAUCGUGUGUCUAAAAAAUUAAAAAGUAAUAAUAAUAAUGAAUGAUUUUUUUUUGAGAUGCUGAGUUUUUAAUUUUAACGUAGUAAAAUUUUGUUUGUAAAACAAAUUCAAUACAAAUUCUACGAGAAAAAAUACUAAAAUAAAACGCUUUGACUUUUGAACAUAUUGGGUGAUCCAUUUCUAAUAAAUCGGCGAUUUUCUCAUAGGGUUUUAAGUAAAUUUGGUUACUGUUUCAAAAUAUAUUGGCUCUUUUUGAGUUAUAAAUAACAAAGUACAUUUAAAUUUUUAGUUUUUUUUUAGAUUUAUGUAAAUAGAAUUUGUAUAAUUUGUGCAUUUUGGGUAAUAAAGCUUGAAACUUGUGACACACGGUUUGUCAUAGAAUGUUCUGACAUGUAAAAUGAAAUAAGUAUAAGGUUAUACCAAAAUGAAAGAUACUUUCAUAAUACUUAAUUGUUUAAAUUUGAAGUUGAAUUUUGACGAAAUCCAUUGUCAAAAUCAUGUCAAAUUUAAAAUCAUUAGGUAAUUAUGUAAGUUAAUAAAAUUAUCAAUUUAAAUUUAGACAAAAAUUAUUAGCUGUGCUCCACUCAGAAAUACGGGCUAGAGUGGGCGAUAAGAUCACGUGACUCAUCGAAUAUCAUAUGUUGAAAAUGGUUAGUGUUGGACCACCAAUUGUAUUUUAUAAAGGUAACUUGUAAAAUAUCCUAGUUUUAGAAAUUGUACCUUAAAAACAUCCUGAGAAUUAGUACUAUAAGUAUAAACGUUUGAAUUAUAUUAUUACUUUCCGUGAAAAUCGUUGAAAUUGUCAUGUUCGUGUUCAAAUAAUAAAAAUAACAACACAUCUAAUUUUUUCCGUUGAGAUAAGUUAAGCGAGACAAUUUUCUGACCUCUUUAUUCUGUGCAUCUCUGCUUUUUUUACUUUUGAUAUUUCAGUGUGGAGGUAUAUAAUUAGGGGAUUUUUGUAUACAUGCAUAUGUAGGUUGAGGUCGAUUAUCAUAUGAGUAUAAAGUUAUAGAUUUUAUAAAUUAAGUCACAUAUGAACUACAUAAUACGAGUACAUAGUAAUGAAUGAUUUAAUUAUUUCGCAUAUUUUUAAAUUAAUGUAUACUUUGGUUGUUAGUGUACCUAUAUAAAUUGUACGACGUAUUUCGUAUAGAUGUAAGAUUUUGGUUUUAUUUAAUUACAUAGUUAUUUUAGAACGGAGAAUAAAUAUCUUUAUCUUUUGAUCCCAGUUGAGAAGUCAAUUUUGUAUAGUUUUUGAUACGAACAAAUCGAAUUUUUUAAAUGCAUAUAUUUGUACUUAAAUUAAUACACUAAUACAAUGAUUUUAAAAUGCUUACACUCGUGCAAUUUAGACGAGAAAACAAUGAUGGGGAAAAAAUUACAUUAGAUAAAAUUAUAUAAAAAAAAAAAAAAAAAUAAUAAUAAUAAUAAUACAAAAAUUGUACUCAUCAAUCCCUUCUUUUUUAGGACUAACUAUAAAAUAUAGAUAUUUAUACUGAAGUUUCUAUCGAUUAUAAUAAUUUUCAUGGACCGCGUCCAAGAUUUAUUCGGAAUCACGCGGAUUUACAUCACCGAUUAUUUUGCACGUAAGAUGUUUGAUCGAGUGACGUAAACACAACUAUUUUGUUAGCUAGUUUUUGUAAAUGUGGGCCUUGUGCGUAUAUGUACACGCACAGGAGCGCGCGCACGCGCUGCAAAACGAAUUCUAAAUAUAUAACAUUAUUAUAACAGUACCUAUUCUACGCGAAACGCCAUAUCGUCACUUGUGUGUAUGUGAGUGUGUGUGCGCGCGUGUGUAUGUGUGUGGGUUCCCGUACACAUUCCAAAUUUUUCGGGGAGUUUAGAUUGGGGUUGUGCGGAGAGCAUUUCGUUAGAACGAUAAGAAUGCAGUAUGUUAAUGUUAUUUGCACGAGACAAGAGUUUUGAGAAAAGAUUAUAUUGUCGUUAUACAUUAUGUAUCUACUUUGUAAAAAUUAAUGUUAAAAGGAGACGUCUUUUGGCGUCCGUAUACCUUUGUAUGCUACCCAAAUAUGAAGAAAGAAUAUUUUUGGGACAACAAUUAAUUAUUGUUGCUUAUUAUUGUAAAAUAUUUUCUAUAGCAACAGGCGUAAUAAGGUUUUUUAGUUUUUAAAUAGCUGUGAUCAUAAUUUUGAUAGAAUAUGUCUUAUACCAAAGGCUAAAACAUUGACAAAAAAAAAAAAAUAAAAAUCAUAAAUAAAUCUCCUCUUAAAACGCAUCAUCGUUGUUAAGCUUUAUUUUAUAUAUGUAUUCCGGUUGCACAUGGCUGUUUCACUCAUCGUUUCCAAUUAUGAAUAAAUCAAUAUUGGUAUAUUUGUAUUGGAAACCAAAUUUUUUUAUUUGUAUAUUCAUAUUUUCUUUCUAGAAACACAAAUCACGAUAUAGGUACAAUAUUGUUAAUGUUUUGCGUUUAACGGUUUUUUUUUUUCUAUUGCUUUUAUAAUAUAUUAAACAAAUAAAAAUGAACAAACCCAAAACAACAUAUAAUACAAGUGAAUACAUUACAUUAUUUUUAAUAAUUGUUUAUAAAUUAAAUGCAAUAAUUGGAAAGUUCCUUUUAAAAAUGAAUUAGUUUACGUUCACGUUAAUCUUGUUAAAAUGAAACUAAUUUUAGCUCAUUCCAGAAUUGAAGAAUAGGACUAGUUCCUUUCCUCAUAUAUAAAACUGUCGAAGAAAAGCUAUAAAAACGUUUUAUAAAUGAAAUGUUAUAAAAAAUAAACAUAUGCUAUAUCGUUGAUGUUCCUCCAAAAAAUGAACGAAAUUCUAAUACGUUCCCAUUCUUUAGGGAUCCAUUUCCGAUAAAUUGCUGAAACGAGUUCCUUAGAAUUCUUUUCUUCCAAGUACUGAUUACAUGAAGGUUCUAAGUUGGCAGCACGCAUAAGACAAACAUAUGAGAGUUAAAAGAGUAUAGUAAGAAGAAGAGUGUUGGAUGAGGAAAAGGAAAAGUGGAGAAAAACGGGUACAAUGGAGAGGAAUUUUAUAAGAAAGUUGGGACAAGAUAAGGAGAUUAUAGUACCUGGCGAUCAACAAAGCUGGACUGGUAUAAUUAAUUCAUAUUGGAUGGGUAUGGGGAUAGGUACAGAGGAUGGUCAUGACAAGGAUAAGAAAAUAUUGAAUGUUCAGACGACAAGACGGGGAAACUUUUUUUGGACUUACUAAAUUAGAAUAUUGUUAAUACAAAAGGAGACGUUCGUGAGGAAUGAAUCAAUAUUCCAAAAUAGGACGAACGAGGGAAUGAAAUAUAUUUUUGAGUAGAGAAAGUUGACGAAACUGUUGAGAUGCACUUCAAUGGGAGACAUUACAGCAACUAAAGACAGUUAUAAAAUGAAAAAAAGGGAGAGACAUAAAAUUAGUUAUAAAUAUUUAUUAUUUUGGAAAUGUUUUAAUGAUUAGGUAAUGAUCAUUAAUCAUGAUUAAUCAUGACUACAUGGUUACAAUAUAAAUUAAAAUACAUUUAAACAAUAGAUUUUUUCUCCUAAUUAAUAAAUAUUAUUUAUAAUUUACAAUAAUAUUUAUUUGACCAUAAAAUUGUACUUAAUUUUAAAUGACCGUAAUUAUAUUAAUGUUUAUUUGUUUAUUUAGAAAUUGAAUACGUUAGUGUUCACGUUUAAUGUAUCAAAAAAAUGCAUCCGCAUUUUCGUUUAUUUUUUUAAGGAACACUUUAUUUGUUUUAUGUAGUUUAUUUAUGAUUUUAAUUUAUGUUUUAGUAUAGCAUUUGUUACAGAGUUCAUUUGAUGCAUUAUAGUAAUCAAUUUUCAUAAACCAUUAUGGAAAUAGGGUCCGUACAAAAAUAUUUGUUUUGUUUUUCGACAAAAAAAAAAGCAAACAAAACCUAAACCUAAGUAAUCGUGGUUUAAAAAUACAAACACUGUUUUGUUUAAUUUUAUCGUCCCUGUGAUAUGGAUUCGGAAUAUAAUUCAGAUUUCCUCACACUGCUGCCAUAUUAUAUUGUACAUUAAGACAAUUAUAGGAAUUAGAUAUUUUGCUGCAGCUUUUUGGUUCUGACCAAUGAUGGGAACUUGGUAUAACUAGUUUAAAAGUUAAAGUUAACAAAAAAAGUUAAUUUUAUCUUCAUUUGUUAGUUAUUUUUAUUGACAAUUAAUCAAUGUUAUUCGUUUAACUUUUCAUUAAACAAACUUAACUAUUUUCAAAUUAUUUACAUCUAAUAUUUAUAAAUAUCCAGAUAUCCAGUUAAGUUAACGAGCUGAAGACUAAAUGAUUCAAUGAACGAAUCAAUAUUUUUCACAUUCAAAUAAAAACUGAAUUUAUUAUAAUUAGAAAUAGGAAUUUGGAUUUGCACGUUCGGCAUUUGCAUGUCGGCAUUUCAAAUCUAGCUAAUAGACCGAAUUUUAUUUUGCAUAUAAUUGCAUAUUUAGAGGGUUGAGGCAUAUUUUGUCAUUAGUGUAUAAUGUAUAUUUUAUAUAUAAUCUUGGUAAAUAAUCAAACUAUUUAAUUUCUUUAUUUCAGAAAUGUUUAACUAGAUAUUCGAGAAAAAAUGUAAUAUUGACAACAUGGUAAAGAUUAGAGAAUAUAAUCUUUUAUACCGUCUUAUCAAUGUUGAUAAAUUAUUAAAUGAUAAGCUAAAUCAUUAAAAAUAAACUUCUUAAUGUAGUAGGUUUGUAGUAGUAUUCGUUUUUUUUUGGAUAUACCUAUUAUAACCAGAUAUAAAAAUCAAAUAAAAGUACAUUUUAAAAUUUAGGUCCUUCAUUAUAAAAUAAAAACCCCCCUCCUUUGAAAAAAUUGGUCAAUGUGUAUAUUAUUCUACGCAUUUUGUCCAUUGCUCAUCUCCAUCUGUAUACAUUUUUUUUUUAUCCGGUUACUUAUAUUAAUUUUUUUAUAAUCAACUAUAAAAUCUAAUUAUUUGAAAUCAUAAUGUCAACUUAUUUGGUUUGUGUUUUUAUGAUGAAAAUUCUUUGAAAUUUAAGUAAUUUUAAGUAAACUUAAAGUAUACAUGUAUAACUUAAGUAUAAAUAUUUAAAUUCAUUUUUAAAGACAAAUAUUUAAAUAAAUAAAUACAACCGUUGUUAGUCACUUAUAGACGUUUGGAAUACAUUAGGUUGAACCAUAAAUAUUAAAAUACAAAUGAAUAAUCAAAUCAUACAAAAUCAUAAACAUGACGUAUUAGCCCAUUAUAUUUUCAAAAAAAAGAGUAUAAUUCCACGUACUUAACACUAUUAUUAAGGACAUAGGAAUGUGCAUCAAAAAAGACUACUAUCCUACGGAAAAGAGGGCGUCUGGUCACCAUAGCUAAUUUUUGUUAACCGAUUUCAAUGUUAAAAGUCUAGUGUCUAACAUUUUUUUUUAAAUAAAAAAAUUAAGUUGUUUUUGUAUUUAGUAUUUACAAUUGUCAUUUACUCUAUUCAUUUUCUUGUUAUGCUUGAUAGUAAAAUAUGAUUAAAAAACAAAUGCAAUUUAAUAGUUAACUUUUUUUUUUUGUUGUACCUAGUAAUUUUUGAGCAUAUUUUGUUAUUAUUGUUAGUACAUAUUGGGGCAUGUGUUGUCCUUUUUCCUUUGCAUAUUUGUAUCAUAUUUACUAUAUUUUAAGUGCAUAUAAUUUCGAUCUGUAGUUAAAAUUUAUUUUUAUUUUUUAAUUAGCUUGUUUGUAUUAUACAUUGUUUAGAAAGAAUAAAAUCAUAGAAUGCAAUUGAAUCUACGUAUAUAAUAUGUAUGCGUCCGUAAAUAGGUAAAUUACUUUCAUUUUUAAAGAAUCGUGAAUGUGAAUUAAUUCAUUUUACAACGGAAUUUGAAUGUUAUUGAUAGAAUUACAAAAAAGUAUAAUAAAAACGUUUGAAUUUUUUUUUUUACAUUUUAUAGGAAAAAUAUUUCUAUACAAUCUGUAUAUUUUUUAUUUACAAUAUUAUUAAAAGUAACUUUUUUUUAUUGUAUUAUAAAUAUUGAUUAAUGUGAAUAUGGAAUGCAUUCUUUAUGAAAAUAAGGAAUAAUGAAUGGGAAUGCAUUUAUUUUCAAAGGAAAUUUCCAGAAACUGAUAUUAUUCUUAUCUAGUUAAUCUGGAAGUGUAUCCUUUUAUUCCACACACAUACACGUAUAUUUUAUCAAGUAAAACGAAUAUUAUUUAAUUACCUAGGUUAUUAUAUUUUAGUAUUACACAAUACCAUACCUAAUAUAUUUUGUGGUUGUAAAUUAGGUAAAUAUUAUUCAAGUCUGUUUUUAAAUACCUUAUUUUUUAUAAUUUAUAUUUCAGAAAAGGAUCAUAAGUUAUGAAACAUAACGACUAGUAUACGUUAUUAUUUAUUAAUCGUAGGUAUUUUGUAAAUUUAUAUGAGUUAGGUAUAACAAUAGUUAUUUAAAUAUUUAAAAAAAUAACAUUUUUAUAACUAAUAUACUCGUAAUAUAGUUUAAACACUUUUUACAUUUUGAUUUCAAUAGUAAUUUUAUUAUGGUACUAAUAGUUAAUAUUUUCUGAGUAUACGUGUAAACAUAUGUGUUCAAUAAUUGGCAUAAUCACAACUAUUUGAAUUUCCACAGGGAAACAGUCGGAAAAAUAACAAAAUUUGUACAAUGUAGGAAUGUAAUGAGCUAUAACUUUAGAGUCUAUAUAGCAUGUUUAAAUUCAAUAAAACCUAAUAAUAAUUAUUAUAAUAUUUGAAUUGUGAUACUUACCUAAUAAUAUAUUGUAUUAUUGAAAUUAAAUUGAAUAUGUCAAUACAUCUUUUAUUUUUUUGAUAGUUAAAAAUAAUUUGUAAAGUAUCUAUACUAUAUCUAGGUACUGCGUAUUUUUAGAUCUGUAUUAACUAAUAAAAACAAUUGUUUUAAUAACAUGUAAAUUACAAAUAUUUCAAUUUGUUUAAGAUAUUCUUCUUUUUCUGACUAAGUAAAUACAAAUAAAUAUUAUAUAUUUUAUUUAUUUAUUUAGUAAGUUGAUGUUAGAGUAACGGAUCUUUACUUAGGAUUUAUUUGGAAUGUUGACGUAAACCAACUGAGACACGAGUACAAUAUUAUGUGUAUGUAGGCAGCAAAUAUUUUUUAACCCACUAUAUAUUUUAUUUAUGUGGUUUACAAUUUUUUCAGAGCUAAACCACGUCAGAUUGUAUUAUUUUUGAAUAGACUUUAAACUAGGAAGGUUAAAAAAAAACAUUUUUAUUUUUCAAAUGUACCAUUUAAUGAAGUAAAAUUAAAUUUGAUCUACAUUUAUUAAAUAAUCGAACAUUUUAAUUUCCCGUGGACAACUUUUCUACCAGCAAUUUUGUUUCAACUUUUAAUGAAAGCGAUUUUUUUUAAUAAGAAAUUUCACUGGGGAGGUACUUUAGAGAAAUUAUUUUUUUCGGAGUUUUCUCAGCAAAUGUGAAAAACUCUGAAAAACGUAAGAAAACCGUAAACCGAAAGAAAUUGGUAAAAUAUUAAACAAAUAUUAUUAAAGAAAAUUUAUAGAGCUUACUUAAUCAUUUUUCUAUAAUAUGGUAUAUAUAUUAUUUACAAAGUAUCACUAUCAACUGAACUCCGUUAAGGAUCGUUUUUUCGUAAGUAAUGGUUUAUCGUUGCUUACAGGUAUAUAUUAAAUUAUCUAUCACAGUAACUAUACACGUCUCCAUUAUCCUAGGACAGUUUUUUUUUUUAAUAGCGUUUUAAAAUCAAAUUUAAACGAAAAUUGCAAAAUAAAAUGACGGCACUUCAAAGUAUGUAUUACUGAACUGCGCUCGGGAUUGUCUUUCGUCAAGUAAUGGUUUAUCGUUGCUUACAGAUAUACAUUAAGUUCCUUUCUGUACCCUACCUCCCCAACUUCUCACUUACACCCGUUCCCAUUAUCUUUUUUUUUUUUUAAACACUUUUGGUGAGUGAAAUGUUCUGAUAUGUUCAUCUUUUGCAUUUUUAACGAUGUUGAAUUUCCGCCAAGUGGUAACAAUAGAAACUUUUUCUUUUUGAAAAUCUUCGCUUAGGUUCUAUUACCACCAUAGAUUCUUUUUCAGCUUUUUUUUCUCGGAACACAUUUUUCGGUUAUGAAAAAAAAUCCAAUUUAUAUAUCUUAAACAAUGAGAAUUUUUCUGCCAGUACUUUAUUUAAAAAAAAAUAUCUUAGAUUACUAACAGUUUUUCUAUACAAUUUAAAAUAAAUUAUAACAAAUGAUGGUAUAUUCAGUUUCAUAUUUGUCGAUUUCUGGGUUACCUUGCCUACAAGGGGAAAACGUGACUAAUACUACUCCGUUUAGAAUCGUGAUUGAUGUUAUUUAGUUACUUUCAGUUUAGAAAUUAAAUUAAUAUAUCUUCGUACAUCCUACAUCCUUCAAAUUUUCCAUCUUCUAUACAGUGGUCUACUUAUGCGUUCUUUUAACUAGAUAUUUAUAAUUGUAUUUGUUUAUUUUUAUUUUUAUUAUUAUUCAAAUGAUUAAUUAAGUUCAGUAUUAUGAAAUAAUUAGGUUUUUUUAGAACUUCGUGGUAGUUCAUUUUAUAAACUAUGAAAUUACUACCUAUUAUGAUAAUUAUAUUUUUAAAAUUAUACGGCUAUAAUAUACACGGUUUAAACCAUUUAUAUAUUUGACUCAUUUUAUUUGGUAUUUCAGGUGGCUAUAAAAAUGAUUGACAAAAGAAAAUUGGAUUCAGUUAAUCUAGAAAAGGUACACCGAGAAGUAGAUAUCAUGAAGCAGUUGGACCAUCCUCAUAUCAUCAAACUAUAUCAGGUUGGUUAAUAAAAAUAAUGAUUACGUUAUUCUUAAAAGUUGUUAAUUUUACGAUUUUAUUUAUAGCAUAAAAUAUAUCAUAAGACUAUUUAUAAUAUUUAGAGUUGAGUAAUUCAUUAUAAAGUGUCCCACGAAGAUAAUAUGAUCAUUGUAAUAUCAUAGAAAGUGUUUAUUUUAUCUUAUUUUUUUUUUUUCAUACUUUUAGUUUUGGGAUUGAAAUCCUGGUUUCCUCGUUUUCUGAAUUACUAUACUGUAAAAUAGUAGAUACCUAAUCAAAAAAUCUAAAUGAGAUAACAAUUUUAUAGGUACAAUUUUAUCUCAAUUUGCUUGUAGGCUUCAUGGUUUAUAUGUUUGAUGCACUAAUUAUAUAGUUUGGGUAUAAACUUUUGGAUCACUAUUUCUAAAACAAAUGUAUAAGCACUUAUAUUCAUACACAACUAAAUAAUUUGAUAUCACUGUAAAAUAUAUCUCUUGAAUAGAAUAUUGAACUAGACAUGAUAAUAUAAAGAAUUUAUUAAGAAUUAAUUUUAAAAAAAAUUUACCCGUUUAUAAUAUCGUGUAAUUAUUUUACUUACAUGCUAUGUAAGUAAAGCCUUAUGGCUUUAUAGGUUAGGUAUAGAAAACUACAUCCAACAAAGAAUACCAAUAUAAAUAGUACAAAGUACGUUAUUUUAACUGUGAACUUAAAUGUGUUUAGUUAAAUGAUACUAAAAAAUUGCAUUACAAUUAAUUACAUAUAAUUAGUAUUAUUUUUUUUUUUAAAAAAAUGAAAUCAAUGUACAUUUUUAAUGCAUUUCAGAACAUAAACUUCUUUAGGCGUUUUGAUGUUAAUAAUUAUAGUUUUGAAGUAAAUGCAAAUUAAUAUAUAAGAUUCCAUGAAAAAUAAUAAUAUAAAUAAAAACAUGAAUUAUUGUAAAGUUCAUAGUUUUCAUGUUUACUAAUUUUAAUUUUGGUUUAAUGGUUUUUAGAUUCCGAGCGUAGCGAAGGAGCUAUUGGUUUUUACUAAGAUGUUUAUUUUUUUUCUUUGUUCUUUGUUCUAGUCUGUAAAUACGUUUUUUCCUAGAAAAUUUGCUCCGAUCUUUACGUGUAGCAACUUUUCUGAAAACUCAAGUUAUCUAGAUUAUACUUCAACCAGGUCAUUUUUUGAUUUUCUACGUAAUUUUUUAAAUAAAAGCUCUUAAGUAGCAAAAAAUGUAAGAAAAAAUGAUUUAAUCGAAAAAUCACAAGACGCUUUUUUGAUUUACUUUAUUACGGUAUCAUCACCAAAACUUUUAAGUCACUUUUGUGCUUUUAAGGAAUUUUAAUUUUUGGGAGUUUUUUGCUGUAAUUCGGUUAUAAAUACACGUAGAGUCUUGAAACUUGGUAAUGAUACUUAUAUUAGAUUUACCUAGACGUGGUAAAAUUUCCAGGUAUAUGUUUGAUAUAAAUUUACACAUUUUAUUUUUGUUAAAAUAAUAUAUAAAAUAGUAGACAUAUAAUUAUUAUUAUUUUAAAAAAAAUAGAAAUUUGGUACCUAUUUUACAAUUUGUUAGUGAUUUGUAUUUAUAUAUGAACAAUAUAAAAUUAUAUUAAAAUAAUUUACAGUAGGUAUUACUAUGUUAUAGCAAUAUGUUUUAUAGAUUUAAUUUAUUUAAAUAUGUGUAUAGGUUAUGGAAUCAAAAGAUAUGAUCUACAUAAUUUCAGAAUAUGCCAGUCAAGGAGAAAUAUUUGGUGAGUACUUAUAUAAGUCUAUUCGUCUAUAUAAUUCAUCUGCUAAUAUUAUUUUCUAAACAUUUUUAAUAGUACCUAUAUUUUCUAAAAUGGUUGAAACAGAUGUUGUAUUUAUUAUAAACAUAUUAUAUACGGUUCAUAUAAUAAUUAUAUCGUCAUACAUCGUUAAACACUUAAACAACAGGUGUAUUCAACCAUUCUGACCCUGUAAAAGUAUUGUUUUUUUAUUAUGCAAUCACUCGAGUAUAUUCAUUAUACCUACUUAUAAAUAAAUAAUUAACAUACUGUUUUCAAAUAAUCCUAAUUUAAAUUUACAUAAAUAGGUAUGUUGACUCUAUAAUAUUAUUAAUGCAUUUGGAAAACAUCAGCGAAAUCUUAAAUGAGAACUAUAAGUUAUUAAUGAACUGCAAAACCUUGAAUGUAUAAACUAAGUAAACUUAUUUAUCAUUAAUCUUUUCAUAUUUUCAUUAUAAAAACAUAAAAACAUGUAAAUUAUGACUAUUUUAUUUGAAUUUACUAUUUAUAGUAGAAGUUUUAUUCAUGAUUUCAAUGGUAAGAAAAUUUUAAUAUGGUAACAUUAAAAUGUAUAACGGUGUAUUCGAAGUUUCCUGUACUUUCAGGUCUCGUGAGGUGUAAAGAGAAAUUUCCAUAUGGAUAUUUAAUGGCUUCUUAAGUUAGCGUUGUGUAUAAGUAUAUAGUUAUAUGAUAUAUCUACCCAAUAAUUACCUAAUACAAACAUUACCUUCAUAAUACACUAUAAACAACACAAUGUAUAUUCUAUUUAAACAUAGAUAAUGAAUUAAUCAAUUUAAUUUAUUAAAAAUUGUAACUUGAUUUAUAUAAUAAUAGAUUUCUUUACGUUCAAUUAGAGUUGAAAGAAAUACAACCUACAUGAAUAAACUGAAAUCUCCAGCUUUUAUAGAAAUAUCCAAUAGUGAGCUAUUGAUAGAUACUAUGGUAUACUCUUAAAAACGGUAUUUUUUUUAAUAUCUCCAUAUUUUGAUAAAAAAUGACAAAUAUUGACAAAUAUGAAGAUAUUAAUAUUAUAAAAUGUGCAUUUGUAAAAACCCAUUGAAGUUAUACAUUUCAUUCGGAAUCAAUUUUUGAUUGUAACACAUGUUUCCUCUUUAUACAAUAAUAAUAUAAUAAUAAUAAAAUAAUCUACCUUGUAGAUUACCCAUAAAAUAGCCCACUCGAAGUUGAAAGUACCUAUAUUUUAUUAUUAUUCACAUUUAUGCACAUUUUUUGGAAACAUUUAUUCUGUUAAAAGAAAAUGUGUUAUGAGACUGUUUUGUUGAAGUUAAGUUUGAAACAGAAUUUUAAAUAUCGUGAUUUAGCAAGUUGAUAUAGAGCGAGAUUAGGUAUUUGAAAGUUUCUAUCAAAAUUAUUGUUGAUCUUGAAACCAAUGGAUAUGAGAUUAUUUAACGUGAGCAUUUAACUGGAAAUCUUGGAUCGUUUUAGUACUAGGAGGUUUAGCAAGUUCACACCUUAGGUUAAUUUUCUUGUGACCAGACAGAAUGUAUAAUAACUUUAUGUAUGAUAAGUUUGUUGAAUAACAAGAGUUUGAGCUUAAAAAGUGGUCUAUAAUAAGUUAUAAACUCGAGUUGACUGUUCUUUGCUUAAGUUUUAGAUGUGAACAACAGAUAAGUUCUAAGGAGUUUACUUCGGAACGUCACAGGUGAACACUGAACAUUAAAUGAAGAAAUUAAUGCAUUAUUAUUUCCUUAAAACACUAUACUGUAUUUCAGUAAUUCCCGUUAGUUUGUAACAGUUUUUAUGUUAUUAAUAUUUUAUAAAGGGGGAAGCUUUUGAGUUUAUAUAAACUAUACCCGGUUUAGAGAAUUUGUAGAUUUGAUUUGAUUUUAGAUUCGGAGCGUAACGAUACCGUUUUCAUUGGUUUUAAAUUUUUGUUCACGAUGUUUUCUAACAGAAAAUAAGUUGUACUUAGUGGUCAAAAAACAAAUUUGUGUUCAAUGCAUUAGUUUUUUUUUUCAUAAGCGUUUUAAGAUCAAGUUUUCGUUAGCAAUAGUUUAUCUUUGCGUACAAAUAUCAAUUAAAUAACUUCAUGAAUUCUAUCUUCCCAACUUCUCACCUAAAACAGUGGUUGCGCCUGUCCUCAGUAUUAACUCUUUUUUAUAUUCUGAGUGGAACGAAGAAGCUUAUGGUUUUACAAAGAUGUUUAUUUUUCUUUUCAUAAACGACGUUUCUACUUAAAAUCUUGCUCCGAUUUACAAGUGUAGCACUCUUUCUGAAAGAAAAUUGGACUGGAGAGGUAGUUAAGGUAAUUUUCGAUUUUCUCAGGAGUUUUCCCAACAAAUGGGAAAAACUGGAAAAAUUUACAAAAUGUAUUAAUAAAAUAUUACGGUUUUUGAAAGCAAAAACAUUUUUAUUCUUACUUAGAAUUAAUAUAUUAUUAUGUACCAACGGUUUUUAAUGAAAUUUUUAUGAUUUUUAAUUAAAAAAAAAAAGAUAUGGACAUACUUCGCACGAUGGGUGGCUACUGUUGUAGGUCGUUGGUGAGAAUUUGGGAAGGUAGAGAGGAAAUUUGAUAUACAUCUGUACGCAUUGAUUAACCAUUGAUAACCAAAAACGAUUCUGAGCAGAGUUCGGUUAAUAGGGUUGCUUUUUAAUAUUUACAAAUUAGGUCGUAACUUUUACGAAUUUGAUAUUAAAAUUCUCAUACUACAUUAAACUCAAUUAUUCAGAUUACAGACCACAGAGUAUGGCAUUAUAAUGAACCUCCUGUUCAAUUUUCUUGCAUUUCUAUUUGGUUUAACAAUUUUAUCUUCAGAGUAUCCACUGAACAAAAAUUACGUAAAAAAACCCUUAAAAUUAAAAUGUCUAUAAAUAGUUUAAAAAUGGUUGCAAUGUUUCGAAAAUUUUACCUCGUCUAGAAAAGAUACAUUUAAGUUUCCUGUCAAAACUUCAAGUCUCUACAAAUAUUUUUAACUGAAUCAAAAUAAAAUAAACCAACAAUUGAAAAUAUAAUAUACAUGCCAUACAUUUUCCCAUUUUUCCUGAGUUUUUUUUGGUUUUCCUAUUUAUUAUGAAAACAGCUGGGAAAAUAAAAAAAUGACUCCGCUUCGCUCAGAAUCUAAAAUUUCUACUAAAUAGUAAACAUACCAAUUAAUGAAAAUAAUCGUUAAUCUAAAACAUGUAAUAUUAUUUAAAUGUGUUCGAUGUAUAUUGUGCAAAUCUAUUUUCUUCAGAGAUGUAAAUGAAUUAAGGUUUCAUGUACAAAUGGGUUGAAUAAACGAAUUAACUCUGUGUAAAAAAAUAUGUUGUAAUAAUAUUAUUUUAUAUAAAUCUUGUUAACUAUGAUUCAAGCGUUUUCGUUUUAGAAUAUUUUAUCUCUUGAUAAAGUUUACUUGGGCUUAUAAGUAUGAAAAAUGUGUUUGAUUGAUCGUUGUUAAUGAUUGCUACCUAUCAAAUUUAUAUUUAAUAAUUUCUCUUCCUAUUUAAUGAUUUAUAGGCAAUUUAGUAUACAUAAUAUACAACAAAUAUUUGAGGGGAAACAAAUACUAUUAAAUAAUGUCUAUAAUAUUUGUUUUGUUGUAUACAAAUGUACUUAUAUUUUAUAAUUUUUAAAGUAUUUAAAGUCAAAGCCGUAGCUGGAUCAAAUAUUCGGGAGAAAUUUAAACUAAAUAAUAAUGUAUUAUUUAUGUUACAAACAUAAUUAGCAUUUAUCUUGAAAAUAAUUAAUAAUACUUUUAUAAUAAUCUGGUGGGGGGAGAGUUAACCCCCCGAAACUCCCUAAGUUAUAGCCUUGUUUAAAGUGUUAUCUAAUUAAUAAACUGUAUAGAUUUUAUGCUAUAUUAACGGGCUUAUAAAAUGUAUAAUUAGUUCUUAGGUAUAAAUCGUAUAAUCUAUAAUACACACCAUUUAAUUACCUUUGGUUGUCAAAAAAAUACUCAUUUUUAAUAAAUCACUGGGCACCUAUCAUUUUAAAAAAAUAUCCAUUUUCCUUAAUUUUAACGAUGUUUAUAAGACACUUAACUGAAUGUAGUACUUACGCAUUUAUCAUUUCGCUAUUAUGAUUACAUCGUAGGUACCUACUUAUCAUUCUUAUUUCAAGAUCUUUUUACAAUUUUGAAUUUUUUAUGAAACGAUUUUAAACGUUCCACCAGUUAGUAAUGGCUACGCGAAAAUAAAAAAAAAAUGAAAAAACAAAAUAAGUAAUGCUUUUAAUAUUUAAAAUAUUAUUAUUAUAUAUUUAUAUAUAUAUAUAUGUAAAGUAUACACUAUAUAGUAUAUAUAGUAUAUACAUUAUAUAUAUUACUCAUUUAUACAAUACUGGCUUUUCAAGAGAGUAGCCCACCCGUGGUGCGAAGUAUAUCAACCUUUUUAUAAUUAAUAUGUCUGUAUAUAUACAGGGUGUGCCAACCCAAGUAUACUAUAUUCGAUCGGGUGCCCCAAAAACAAAAUUUUUGACAAUUUUUUUUUCUUUCUUAAAAUCUUAGGUUUCAAACGAAUUUUAAAAUAAAGUUUUUAUUUCAAUUUAUUAAUCUUAUAAGCUUAUUUUCAUUUUGGUGACAUCAAUAAGCGUCAAUAAGGGUACACAAAUGAGGUGAUAUAUCGUAUGAGAAAAUCGCAAGAAAUAUCAUGGCAUAAUAAUUUUUAAAACAAAUCUAAAAAAAACCUAGUCCUUUAAGGAGAAGGAUUUUCACAGAUUUUGUAUCAUUUAAUAAAAUAUUAAAAAAAAAUAUAAAUGAUUUGACAAAGACGGAUGGUCCGAAAAUAAAGUUAAUUUAUUAAAGUGACUCAAUUAAAUAUUAAGUUUAUUAUAAUGUGAAAUGAAAACUACAUAAUUUAGAUACAUACACACUGCUGCGAUAAAUAGUAUGAUACCUAACAGUUUAUAAAAUGAAAUCUAAACGACGCUUUGAACUGCUUAAAUUAUUAAUUAUUUCAUCAGGUAUUACACUGACUUCCUAAUGAACUAUUUACUAUUAAUUUUAUUUACUGCGUGCAUGAAAUAAAACAAAAUGUUUGUAAUAUAAUAGAAAUAAGUAAAACAAUCACGAAAACUACGAAAAUUACAAAAGAAUUAUUUAAAUUGUUAACAGAAACAAAUAAUAUUUGAUAACGAUAACACGACAAUAUAAUCAUAGGGUUAUAAAUUAUUACCAAUUACUCAAUCUAUUUAACUCACUGAAGAAAAUAACCGCUUGCGACGAUGAAUCUCGAUCUGAGUUUACACAUGAUUUUUUUUUGUCAGACAUUUUCGUUAUCAUGGUUGCCGAACUGCCCCGAAUCUCCGAAUUCCAAGGGAGAGGUUUUGAUCCGAAGACUCCCCUGGUUGCACCAUUGGCAUAAACAUUACGGAAAACUCUAUAUAUAGGCAUUAUACAUAGUAUAUAUUAUAUGUAUAACUUGUCAAUGGAUAUUUUAAAAACAGAAUUGAUAAAUCAAAUAUUAAAUUACCUAUAUAGGAACCUACCAUCACUCGUGUGCUGUUUUUUUAUUUAUUAUUUAUAUACGUAGGUAUCAAUAAAAAAAGGUUAAAGUGCAUGCGAUAUUAUGCGAAACUGCCGAAAAAUUACUUACUUACGAAAAACCUGUAAACUUGCUGAUGUUUUUGUUUAAAAUAUAAAAUACUUAUGCAGUCAAAGUGAAAAUAAAAUCGCAAUGUAAAAAAAUAGCUGGUACUAGGAGCGGGUACUGCCAUUGUUAUUGAUGAGUAGUUGGUAAAGUGGGAUACAUAAAGUUUUUUAAUUUGUUCCUGUAAACAACAAUAAAUCAUUACUAACGAGAAACGAUUCGGUUACAUAUAUGUUAUGAUAGAGCGUAAAAUUUACGGUUUUCGUUAAAAUUUGAUUUUAAAUCUCUUAUAAAAAAUUGUAUCCACAGAGUACUUACUAAAUAAAAAUGAUAUAAAAACUCACAAAAUUAAAAUACUUAUAAAUAGCACAAAAAUAGAACAAAUGUUUUAAAAAUUUUAUCACGUUUAGGAAAAGCAAAUAUAAGUUCUCUGUCAAAAUUUCAACUUUCUACGAAUAUUUUUAACUGAAUUAAAUUAAAAAUAAUAAAAGAAUUAUUUUAAAAAAUGUUCCCGGUUUUUUUUUUACUUAUUUUUUGGUUUUGCUCAAUUAUUAAAGAAACUACAAAGCAAAUUUAAAAAACUCAACAAAAUCGAUUUCUUGUCAUUUUUUAAUAGAAGCAAGAUUGCUGGUAGAAAACAUCGUUUGCAAAACUUAAAAUAAUUAUACUCACCAGUAAUACUUUCCCGGGGAAAGGAUCGAAUAUCACAAAGGUCAAUAUUCGCAGUAACACCAGGAGUGAUAUGUGAAUGAAACUAAUGUUAAAAAAAAAUUACAUUUAAAAUAAUACAAUAGUAUUUUCUACAUCGAUAUAAAAAAAUACCUGAUAAUAGGAACGGGUGCAACCACUGUUAUAGGUAGGAAGUUGGAAAUAUACAAUAUAGAGGGGAAUUUAAUAUACAUCUGUAGGCAACGAAUAAUCAUUGCUAAUAAAAAGCGGUUCUGAGGGGAGUUCGGUCAAUAGUAUUGCUUUUUCAACAGUAUCCAUUUUCGAGACAACAACGAUUUUUUUCAAAAUUAUUAAAAUAUUAAAAUUAUAACAAAAUAUAAAAACGGCUGCCAAUGAAAUGGCAACCAUAUUUUAAAAUUUUAAUCUUUGUGUAAUCUAAAGAACUAGUUUUUCCUUAUUAUCUCGAAUGUUAAUAAGAUAUUCAAAAACUUAUCUUUUAAAUGUACCAAUCAGAGCCGAAAUGCAAUAAAAAAUGGUCUUUUGUCAUGUUUCGAUUGGUGCAAAGUUCUAGGAGAAAAGUUCUUUGCAGACAGAGAAAAAAAUAUCCUUCACGGUAAAACCAAUAGAUCGCUUCAUCCAGGGUAUCUAAAAUAUUGUGUUUUGUUGAAAAAUCGUAAAAACUGGCGUAACACGUGUCGAGCCGUGCCGAUACAAUAAUUAUUGGACUUUUUCAUCAUCCAAAUAAUUUGUAAACAACGAUGAAAAUAAUACGCGUAACGAAUAUAUAUAUACAUUUGUAUGUAUAAUGUACGGGUACAUAUACAUUGUAUAUGUACCCGUAUUCAAUUACAUAUUAUUAUACUAUUAUUACAUGGUAUACCUGUUUAUCGUUAUCGCGCGGGAAUACGGUAGAAAAAAAAAAACUAUCGGGUGAAAGUAUACGGAACGCGCAUUUUCGGGCGGACGGGGAGUGGCGCAAAGAAAGACCAGGAGGUGCUUUCGGUAUGUUACGGGCGCGCCACCGCCGUCGGCCGUCGCUAUACACCGCGGGCCGGACGGGGCGGAACAGCUGUGCAGGGGUUGGUGGUGGACACGGCGGCGUCAACUGUACAUAUAUAUAUAUAUAUGUACUGUGUGUGUGCACCGUCACAAAGGGAAGCGCGUGGAGUUUAUUGAUCGCGGCGCGCGAGCGGUCGCGACCGGCUUCAACGCUAUGAUGCCGACGCCGAAGCCGCCACCAUCUACCGCGGCCGCGCGCCGCCGUCGGUCGCUUAUUACGCCCUCGUCCUCUCAGCGGCGCACAAUGCGUAUAGUCGACCCUGUCGCCGCUGAAUGGUGUACGACGGUCGUCUUCGCCGCACACACAUUUCCGCCCGGUGUGUUGCGUUUUUCUCCCGCCGUGCCGUGACCGCCGGGACCCCCAUCCCCACCUCAUCGUCGACGUGCACCGGUCGCGUGGCGGUGGCGUGCUAUGCGACACCGUCACACGCGUGCAUGUGGAGCUUGGCUCUUAUUCGCACCCCGUCAUCUCGGUCUCGUUAUUAAGAUUUUCUUUGUUUUUUUUUCGUCAAAAUACAACAAUAUUGUUUUAUUAUUACUGUUACAUUAACUGCGUAUACUAUUACUACCUAUUUAUAAUUUUGCGUAAAAUCAAGACGAAAUAUCGAAAAAUCAUAGGCGCCCGGAAAUCGAUCUGGGGUGGGGGGAGGCAAGUUUUUUAAAACGGUAAUUAGCAUAGGCACAAUCACAAAUGCAUUUAUGUUUGCGAAAAGCCAUUUGGGGGGAGGGAUGACAAUAAACUUAAUCCAUAUUGUAGGUAGACACUUUACAAAACAAAAACAGUUAUUUGAAUACGUUGAUUUAAUAUCGAUGCUAUGCAUAUUAAUAAUGAAAAAAAUAAACAAAAAUUGUACUUAAAAAAAAUAAAUUUUUUAACGAUACACAAAAUGUAAUAUGUACCUAAUAUUAUGUUAUAGUCUGUAUCACGAAGAUUUGACACUUGAAAUAACUUUUGAUCUGUUCAAUAAUUUUAAAUUUGUGUUUCUUGUAAUAAUUACUAUAAAACGCUUCGCUAUGAUUUCUAUAUUUGUAUAUAUUUUUUUGAAAAAUAAAAAUAAAAAUUGUUUAUACGAAAUUCAAGAUAUUAUAGUUUUAUAAAUGUUCUUUUUUAAAACAAAAUUCUGAUGUUACAAAUAUUUACAAUGAUGAAUUGUUAGUUUUCUUCAGUUUUUUUAAGUUUACGAUAGUUUAAAUUGUUUUCAUUUUCGCUGUACGUCUGUACUAAAUAUCAAUUGAUUCACCAUCAAUUGAUAGUUUUUGUAAAAUUCAAAAAAACUGUAAAAACUUAACGAUUCACCAUUAUACGGUAAAUAUUUGUAACCCCAACAUUUUGUUUCAUUUCGUAUUAUUUUAAUAUUGAAUUUUCAGGUUUUAAAAGAAAAAUAUAUAUACGUAACUAUAGAAGAAUAAUUUUAUAAUUACUAUAGCGUAAGGCUCUAAAAAUUAUUACUAGAAAACUUAUAAAUAUUUAACAGAAGUGGUUUCGAGUGUCAGAUCCUUGUGUUACACCCUGUAUGUCAUAUAUACUGUUUGUACGAGUUUCAUAGUUUCGUCAUAAUAUAUCUGACGAAUUCCUACUGUAACGUGAAAAACGUUUAUCACCUUUUUUUUUUCAAUGCUAUAAUAUAUAUUCGUAUUAUUUUUUACUAUCUUUCUUCGUGUUCAUUUUCCGCCGAGUUUCUCGUAUUGUAGUAUUACGCGUGUGUUUCGAAAUACUUCCGGGUCAAUAUAAUAGGGGAUUGUUUUGGCACCCGGUAUAGGUAGUGCAGGUCGAUGAAAGAUGGGGGCCCACACCCAACCGUCGACCGUAUAUAUGAAUUCUGUUGAGUUCGGAGUAAAACAAAUACGAAUGCGUUUAAAGAUUUUUCAGUAUCUUGACUUUACUAUUAACAUUAUUCGAAUUUUUUAUUAUUAUUAUUUGGUUUUUUUUUUUUUUUUUUUUUUUGUAAAUAAACGAUUGAUUGCUCUCCUCGGUUGUUGGUUUCGAAACCGUUUAUUCGAACUAUUCUCUGUGCACAAAAAAAAAAAAAACAAAAUAAUUGUAAUUAUUUUAGUACGAGUACGUUUUUUGUAUAUAGGUAAUGGGUACUAAAAUUGAGUACAAUAACCGUAAUAUUUUGAAUUCGGAAUAAAACGAUGAUGCAGUUCUUGGUUCGACAAUAUAAUGAUGCGUUCCCCCCCCCUCUCGUUAAUCAUUCCCCUAUUUUGGUAUACCGAUGUGAACUCCGCGGACACACUAACAAAAUAUACUUUUUUUUUUGAAUUUAUUUAACAAUUAACAUUUUCAAUAUUUGGUAGGUAGUAUAUUAGUAUUUUAUGUAGAUAAUUUUUUACCUAUCUAAAAAUAAAUACGAUAAAAAAAAAACAUAUUAUAUAUUAUUCAUAAUAUAUUUUAUUUUCUAUUAGUUUCGAUACUAAUUCGAACGAAAAUUAUUAUAACAAAGAUUUUUUUUUUUUAAGGUGAAUUGUUCGAAGGGCACUACAACUAAAUAAUACAUUUAAUUUCAGAAUAAUAUUAAUUUAAUGUUUUAUUCAAACACGCAAACAUAAUAAUAUAAUAAUACGACGUUUUAAAAUCCAAUUUGUCAUUGUGACUUAUACCGUUUAUAGUAUAUUGCAGCUUUGGAUCAUAUAAUAUAUAUUUAUAGUUGAAGUUAUUUUUAAUUUGAAGAAUAAUUUCAUAUUUUUAAAACAAUUUAUUAAAAAAAAAAAAAAAGAUAGAUAGUUUGCAUUGUUUUUAAAGUUUGAACAAAAUUGAUAUUUUACACAUCUAUGCACACACGUAAUUACAUAUAUUCACAUAUAGGUAUCUUUGAUCCCAGGGAAAAGGGCCGAAGUCAAAUUUAUAUAGUUUUCAAUACAAACAAAUUCAAUUUUAAUAAUACACUUAUUCAUAAACUAUUAGGCACACUAAUACAUUGCGUACACUAAUUUUGAAAAUACAUACACUUUAGACCAAAACAUUAAGGGGAAACAAUUAAAAAUCAAAUAAAACAAUUAAUAAAACCAUAAAACGGACAUACUUUGCACGAUGGGUGGGCUACUGUUGAAGGUGAGAAGUUGGGAAGGUAAGAUAUAGAGGGGGAUUUAAUUUAUAUCUGUAUGCAACAAUAAACCAUUGCUAACGAAAAACGAUUCGGAGCAAAGUUCUUUUGUAUAUGUACGUACAUUUUUCUGGUUUUUCUCAAUUAUUAUGAAAACUGUUUGGAAAAUCAAAAAAUAAAGACUUAAAAAUACCAACUAAAUGAAAUUUCCUUAGGUGCUACACCUGAUAUAUUAGUUAGAAAAAAAUAAACAUCAAUAUAAAAUCAAUACACUCCUUGCUCCACCCAUAAUCCAAAAAAAAAAAAAAUAAACAUCACUGUAAAACCCAUAUAUUCUUCGCUACGCUCCGAAUUUAAAAAAUUACAUUUAUUUGAGUUCUUCUCCCCUGGGACCUAAGAUAUAUACUCGUACCUGUAACACAUAGUAAUUCGAAAGAGUUUAAUUUUGUUAUCUCUUUAGAUUACAUCGCCAAGUACGGUCGGAUGACCGAAGCAGCCGCAAGGAAGAAGUUUUGGCAAAUACUCUCGGCCGUCGAAUAUUGCCACAACAGACACAUCGUUCAUAGAGACUUAAAAGUAGACAAUUAUUUUACGCUAUUUAAUAUACCUACAACUAUACUAAAUGGUAUUCGUAUAAUAUUUUUGUUGGAUUAUUUUUUUUUUUAUAGGCGGAGAAUUUGCUACUUGACGCUAAUAUGAACAUUAAAAUUGCCGACUUUGGAUUUAGUAAUUAUUUUACGCCCGGUGAACAGUUGGCCACUUGGUGCGGAUCUCCUCCUUACGCUGCGCCGGAAGUUUUCGAGGGCAAAAAAUAUUACGGUCCGGAAAUCGAUGUUUGGGUAUGAAUUCUUCAGUUUAUAACAUAUGCAAAAAAUAUAAUAAUAAUUAUUAAACUAUACUGUACAAUAACUAUUUUGAUGAUAUCUAUAUGAAUGAUUGCGGGGAAAAACGGUCAAAUAGUCAAUAUGUAAGAUUAUACUACUAUACAGAAACUGAUCACUCUCCUCCCUUUGCUCGGUCUGCAUAUGAAGCAUAGAUCUUUUACCCAACUGGAUUCAUGCAUCAAUUCGUUUAGGAACAAACCGCGAACAAAUGUAACUGAAAAUGAAGAUAGUUUAUUUUGACGACCGAUUGACUGUAAUCGUUUUUCCCAGCAACCCAUCAUAAUAUAUUAUAUAUAUUAUAUCAGUGGUGACCAAAUACGGCCAGCGAUCAUUUAUUAAUCGGUCCAAUAAAGUAUUUAAUCAAAAUUGAAAAAAAAUAACUUCAAAUUUCAAAAAUGAACGCUCAUAUUAAAAAAAGAUAUGUAUAAAUUUUAUAUUUUUUUUAUCAUUUAUAACAAUCAAUACAAUAUAAUAAUUAAACAUAUCACUAUUCCUAUAUUUAGAAGUAUCUACUAUAAAAUAUACUAUUCUAUUAACUUAGAAGUAAAAGUUUUAAUUCUUGGUCCACUAAGAAGUAUUAUUUGUUUUUUAUGGCCCUCUGUAAACAAAACUUGGUCACUGCUGCAUUUUACCAUAAUAUUAAGAUUCAUUUUUUUUCGUUUACACUCAAUUUUCCAGAGUAUGGGAGUAGUGUUGUAUGUAUUGGUAUGCGGAGCACUGCCAUUUGACGGAAGCACAUUGCAUUCGCUAAGAGACAGAGUCUUGUCCGGAAGAUUUCGUAUACCGUACUUUAUGAGCACGGGUAAGAAACGAUAAUAUAAGUAAAUUGUAUUUAAUGACACAUAACAUCUCUUCGUUCUGUUCCGUUUAAAUCUUUAGUUUUUGUUAUUUUUUUGCGAUCCGUUAACUUAGAUCCGUUUUAUGAUUACAAUUGUGGCGUGACGAAAACGUCAAUAAAUAAUAAUAUGAUACUGCCGCGUAGUAAUUGUAGGUUGUAUAGCCGUUAAAAGUACGCUUUAUUUUAAAACUUUUCGAUUAAGAUGUUGAAAAAUUCACGGAUCAAAUAUUAUAUGUUAAUGUAUUUUGCAAGUAUUCUCGAAACGGUUACGCAAAUCGUUGUUUUUUAAAACCUAUAUAAUUUAUUGUUUCAAUAUUGUCUUUAAUAAAUUUAAAAUUAUAGGCAACUUAUUACCUAUAGAGUUACGAUCUGUUUCACAUAUUCAUUACUCGUUAAAAAACCUAGCCUAUGAUAUUUUAAUAUUAUCAUCUCGUAUCAAAAUAAUAUUCAUCGUAUAACGAAUAAUAUUGUAUAUUAAAAUAAUUGUACUGCGGGCGUCUAUCGUUUUAAUUAAAGAUUUUGGUAUCCUCAAAAAAUGUAUUAAAAUACAUUGGAGUGUGUUUUCGUAUAUUAAUAUUAUACCGACGUAAUUUAAAUAGGUAGGUAGUUAAACGGUUUCAUGUGAACAUGAAUUGUAAAUUGAUAGUUAUAAAUUAACAAGUAUAGCUACCUAGCUAUGAUAGGUAUACGCAUUGAUUAUACAAACGCGAAGUUUUCACGAUUGUUUAGCUCUAAUUUUAGUUUAUGUAUUGAUUUUUAUAACCAGUAAUGGAUCUAAGGUAGAAGACGGGGCUUAAUAGUAUUUGUUAUUUUUAAUAUUAUUAUUUUUUUUUUUUGUAAUUCAGUUAGUAACAAUUGAAAAAGCCUGGAAUAUUCACCGAAUAUUUGUGUUAGCCCUUGUAUUAACGCGAUCAAAUUGUUUAAACUUUCUGUCAAUUAUUUAGCUAUUUAUAGUCUUUUAAAAUCUUUGAUUUUUUUUUUUUUUAGUUUUCAUUUGAUUUUGUUUGGAAACUUAUUUUUUUUUCUGGCUUCUUAAAAAUACUCGACAAUUUAAUAUACAAUUCAUCAUAAUAGUUGUUUUGUAAAUAUCUGUAGUAAUGAUUUUUUUUUAAUAAACGUUUAACGUUCAAAUUUUAAUGAAAAUCGUGAAAUCGUGAAAUUUGGCGUACUAUUUUCCGGACUAUGAAGCGAAAAAUGAUCGAAAAUCAGUAGCGAAAAAAGAAAUUAAAAUUGUUUGGAUAAGAUAAAAAUCGUAAAAAUCAAGGCAUUUUGGUAUAUUCUGAUCCAUUUUAGGUAUAUUUUUGAUUGGCAUUUACCUAAAGCCUAAAUAUAUUGACAGUACAACGACAGUAAAUAAUAUUUCGACAAAAAGUAGGUAUUUCGUGUCAAACCAAAAAAAAGUUGUGAUUUAAUUUUUUUUCUUCUUAUCAAUAUCGAUAAGUAUAAAAUCCGUUAAUAUUUUCUAUAAACACUGCGGUGUGUAGAACGUAAACAUGUUAUAUAACAUUUGAGUUGUGAAUAUAUUGUAUUUAUAAGAGAUGACGAUAAAACCAUCAUAGUAUGAAUGAAAUGCACCCUGUAUAUAAGCUCUCCACGGUGUUUAUUUACACCCGCAUAUCGUGAGAUUCAGGUAUAUAUGUUUAUAUUUUUGAAGAGAGUGAUGUUUGCGUUUUGAAUAAUAUACAUCGAUAAAUCCACAAUUUUAUUGACAGCGUAGGUAUAGUUCUUAAAUAAACGUUUUCUACAAACUACUUUUGAAAUAUUAAUAAUCCGCAAUAUUAUCAAAACCCUCAUCUGUUGAACGUUAGCGUAUCGACGGUGUUAGGGAUUUUUAUUUCUAUUAAUAUAUACGAGUAUAUAUAUAUAAAAAGGGUUUAUUAUAAUUCAAGUGGCGUGCAUAUAUUGACGGCAACGGCCUCAUCGUAGGAGCAUAUCGAAAAGAAACGCCGUGCGUCAAAUUUAACGAUUACGAUGACGUAAACGCGUAUCGGUCCGUCGUAAAUUUUCAAACACAAGAAUCCAGUCGUUACGCCAGGUUUUAUUACUAUUUUUUUUUUCGCUCACUGCGUCGGGUCUCCCCGCGUGGUAUGACGCACGUGCAAUGACGUCACUAUGUACAGACCGACCGGCGGCUUAACGAUCAAUUUUACGCUAUAUGCGUAUACUGUCGGCGGCUCUUAUUGCCGGCACGGAAAAAGACCACUAAAUAUUUCAACAGGCAAAUAAAAGACGGGGUAUUUUAAUAAAAUAAAAAAAAAAAUUGCCCUAACCGAAUUUGGCGAAUUUGUUUGUACAGGUUGUGAAUCUUUACUGCGGAAAAUGCUUAUAUUGGACCCGAAUAAGAGGUACACCGUCGAACAGAUCAAAAGGCAUCCGUGGAUGUUAGAAGAAGCGCCGAGGUUACUGCCGGGCACCAUAGCGGAAAUGCCGGCUGAACCCAACGAUCAUGUGUUGAAAUUCAUGAACAGUUUGGAAAUAAAUACAAUCAGAACAAGACAGGUAAACCCAUAAGAAUAUUAAGGUUUAUUUCGUUGAACAUAAUAUAAUGCAUACUAUACAGUGUCGUUGUGUUAACUCUUUUCGGGCAUUAAAUCAAUUUCAAAUUUGAAAUAAUCUUCAAUAUUGUCGUAUUGGUUUCAGUCGCUGAGGAACCGGACGUACGAUCAUUACGCGGCUAUUUAUUACUUACUGUUGGAGAAACUCAAACAACAAAAGUCUCAGGAGAACAGUAUCCAAUAUUUACAAGAGCGUUGCAGAUUGCAAUCGUCAGAAAAACUGUUCCCGUCGUCCGUGUCGUACGAACCGCAAAUGUUCAUGGGACACUCGAGUCCCAACAAGAGAGCGUCGAUCGACUGUCCGGCCGGAGGAAACCAGUACCUACCGGACCUGUGGACCAAACAGCCAAAAACUGGUGGCGCUGUGCAGCUGAACAGCCAUCAUCAUCUGCCGUCCAACCGGCCGCGGUCGUACAGCCAAGGCCGCGCCGUGCAGCAUUCCGUCAAUUUGGCCGAUCUCAAAUCACAGCAGCACCCGCCGUUUAGAGAACUGCCCCAGCUUCCCAAGUUCAAAGGGAAACCAGAAAAAGUCCCCGCGAUCGAAAUGGUCUCCAGCAACGUGCACAUCGAUGAAAUACCGAAAAUCUGCUACCAUACCCGGUUGGACCACACGGCCAUGAUCGCGCCACAGUAUUCCACGUCGACGGACGAGGGUAUCGAGCCCGAUCUGGACGAUGCGGUCGCUUCAUCCAGUCCCACGCAAUUGUCGCAGCGGUUGUCGUACCCUCCGCUGUCUGUUGUUCCGGUUAUAAAGAGCCAUAGCCAAAAUCUGAUGAUGGAUCUGCCGUGUGAAAUACGAAACUUGCAAUACGAAUCGGAUUUAGUGUCUAGUCUACCGUCGUGUACAGCUAACGAGACCGCGAUGAAGUACCCGGACAGUGUGGUAAUGGUGAACGUAGUCUCAGCGAUGAACAAUUCUUGUCAGCAGCAGCAGCAGCAGCAGCAGCAGCAGCAUCAUCAGCAUCAGCCACAACAGUCGCAGCUAGCACCGUCUUCGUGGGACAGGCGCGCUGCGUUCCUGGCGCACAACCAGUGUAUCGGCGACGGUGGCGUGCGAUCGCGGCCCGAAAACAUGUCUCCACCCGUCAGUUUCCGAGAGGGCAGACGGGCGUCCGACGGACUGAUGAACCAGAUCGAUUCCGGGACGGGGAUGCACCAGAUACCACCGUCGUCGCCCAGGUCACCGCAGCAACAACACCAUCACUACCAUCAUCUGCAGCAGCAACAGCAACAACAGCAGCAGCAACUGCAACAUCAGCAGCAACAGCAACAGCAGCAGCAACAGCAGCAGCAGCAACAGCAGUACAAUAACCGGAUUGCGUUCAACAACCAUCAAAAGCUACAAGAUUACGACAAAACAAAUAAGGCCUUGGCGGAGCUGCACAUGGUCCAGAAGGAGCACGAGACACUCAGAAUACUGUAUCAGACCUGUUUGCCGAACGACGAACAAGUACGAAAUCAUUCGAUGGUAGUGAUAAUGGUUGCUGUCGAUUCGGCUUCUGCACUCAAGAGGACGUCGUACCCGCAUGUGCUAUUUCCGUCAUACGUGACAUAGAAAAUUUUUAUCCAGCAGGGACAACUCUGCACUGUUAAUUUAGAUAAUGAAUUGGCCUAUUAUCAAACUUAAGGAUGUAUACAUUAUUUGUGUUGUCUCGUUGUUUUUUUCAUUGCUCUAAUUUUUAUGCGAGCUAUUAUCAUUUAAUCGUGAUAUUUCAAACGAUAUCAUAUCUUUGAGUGUGAUAAUAAACCAAUCACUCCAAUUUUAAAAUUAACAGCACAGAGCUGUCCCUGCUGAACAAAAAUUUGCCAUGUCACGCCGUUUUAUGACGGAGACGGCAAAUGCGAGUAUGACGUCCUCUUAACGGUUAUUUUGUUACAGGCAACGCAGCAAAUAAGGCACAGCGAGUACCGUAAGGAUAUGCCGCCCAAGUCGCCGUCAGCCGCUAUUGCCAAGCGGUUCAACUACUUGGAAAGUUACGGACAGCUGGACAAGGCCGGGCUUCAGCAGCAGCUGUUGCACCAGCGACUGCUUCAGCAUAAGCGCAACGUGCUGCAGAAACAGGGGACGACGUUCAGCCAAUGCAACGUGACCGGCUCGGCGGCGGCCGUGACCACGUCCGACUCAUCGCCGGUCAAGCGUCAGCAGCACCACCACGCGCACCGGCAGCUGUUAUACAACAAAACAGUUCCACUGUCGCCUCAGCAUAGCGUCGACAGCCACGUGCAGGCUCCACAACUACAGUCGGACGGUAGCUGGCAAUCGUUACCGCACACCAUGGCCACGUGUCAGAUCAACGAUUUUGACAAUCAGGCCAAUUGGCUUUCGGUGCCCGACCCGCAACACCACUGGUAUUGUACGUCCGGACAACAGUACAGUUUCUCCAAAAAUUAUUCGCAGGUAAGCGUUUUUAUAUAAUUUUCUUAGACGAGAUUCGUCUCAUCUGCGCAUUUGUCUCGUUAGGUUAUUAGGUUUAUAUUGAAAAUAUACAAGGCAAUUCGUUUAUCGAUGCACACUCACUCAUAUAAAAAAGAAUCGACUUUUUAAAAACAAAUUUUUUUGUUUUUUUUUUUAAAUUUCUGAAACAAUAGUAGCUCUAAAAUAUUAUAUUUCUAUUAUUUUUUGUCAUCCUUAUUUUUGGGGGUAACACGACCACUUUUUUCGAUUUUCAAAUGACAACCUAUAUUAAAAUAUUCAUAAAUAGAUGGAGUAUUAGUUGCAUUAUUAGUAAAUGCAUUUUAAUGUUGACAUUUAUUAUUUCUGCCAAUCCUUUGGCAAGAUAUUCCACUUCUAGGUUUGGGUCGGGGUAGAGUAGCGGUGCAUUAUUUAAACGCCGUGCCGUGCUACCACACAAAUGAUACUCCACUACCCUCCCCCGACCCAACCCUAAAAGUGAAAUAUCUCGUCAACGGACUGACGGAAAUCAAACAUGUUAGCACCAAAAUGUACUUUAACUAAUAUUAAUACUAAUAGCAAUUUAUGGGAUUUUUAAUAUAGGUUACGUUUUUAUCGUUCGUAAUUUUUGAUUUUUGAGUUGAUUUAAGAUGAUUUAGAACACCCGACAAAUUUGGAAGUUAAUAAAUAGAUGGCUAUUACAAGCGUGAAUGCUGAAAUAUCUACAUAUAAUAUAGGUACUAUAGGUACUAAUACUAUAGGUAGUCAUAAAGAGUAAAAAGGAAAUUAAAUUUAUUACAUUUUUUUUUAAUUUAUGCGAAUUUUUAAACAAUUAUGAUUGCUGAUAACAAAAUAUGAACUUAUUGAAGUUGAUUACAAUGAUGAUAACUGACAGAAAAAUGAAUAGGUAAGCCGUGUUUCAGAAAGUUUUGUUAAUAGUUUUUGGUGCAACAAAUUUUCUUUUUGCUUAAGUUAAAUGAUACAGUAUCGCUACUUAGCAUUGAGUCGAACGUAAUUAUUACUUAAUAAGGAAAGAUUUAAAUACCUGUUACGUUUGUGCAAAUUAAUAUUAAUUUUAUAAAUUAUAUUUUGAUUUCCGUAUAGCUGAUAUAUUCGGGUCAGGUUAGAGUGGAGUUUUAAAUUUUUAAAAUUUAAAAUUAUUUAUUGUAAAAUACCCACGUUAGGUUCACUGUUGUAGCAAAUCAUACCUAAACAAAUAUUCUAUAAUACAAAUACAUUUUUUUUUUCUUAGAAACUAGUUAGGUAAGUUUGAUACACCUGAAAAUAACCCCGUCAAAUGAUUUUCGAGUAACGUAGUACGACGAUUAAGAACGUAUAAUAUUUUAUGACAGUUUAACGAAUAUUAUUAUUGUUUGUCUUCCGCCUCGAGUGGUCAAGUCGUUUGUUGGACAAACCGUUUAAACUGUAAAAUUUGAGGUGUAUACAAAUUACAGGUGUACAUUUUUUAAAUAUAUAAUGAUUUGAAAUAAAACCGGGUCAUUUUUUCAUGAACGAUAAAAUAAAUUGAUGCACUUCUCAGUUUGGUCAGGACGCGUAUGCAGUAGAAUCGACUGUUAUGGACGAUUUUGAGGAAAUGGGCAUGCUAUUAAAAUAUAGCAUCUACUACAAAAACUAAAAAACGUUAUCUAGAAUUUUUUUCGGACGAGACACCUAACUACUAUCCUGUACAGUAUUUCUAAAAAUCGAAUCAAACUGAACGGGAAUACUAGUUCGAAAUAUAUGUCUCUUGAUAUUUAUUUGUUAUAAUUCGUAUGGAUAAUAUUAACGGGAACUUAAAUAAUUUUCAACGAUUUUGUUUUAUACAAAUGAUAUUUUAUUAUUUUUAAUUGCUAUAAUAUGUGUAGGGUUUCGAUUGACAUUUAAUAGGUAUUGUAUAGAUAAAUUGUUCAAGUAUCUUUAUAAUAUUAUGAAAUUUCUAUUAAACAGACAGGAUGAUACAACAAAAAUAAAUAAUAAUAACACUUAAAAGCGAUCAUGUUUAAAAUAAUUAUAAUCAUAUAAUUCUAAUAAUAGAUACAUUAAUACAUAAUAAUAUUAUCGUUCAAUUUCUUUUUUUUUAUUAAAAUUAAGUUUGCAUUACCAAUUUUAUAAACUAUUUACACUGUUAAUCUAGGAAUUUAAAAAUACUCAGACGUUUUCAAUAUCUAUAACAUAUAUAGUUGAGUAUUAGUGUUAUCUUUUUCAAUUACACCAUUAUACAUUUAUUUUUCAUUUUUUUGAGUAGGUAUAAUUUUCUUUAAAUUCAAUUUUCUUAACAAAACUCAUUACAAUCUGAUUUGUUUAUAGUUUAAUUUAAAUUAGAUAAUUGAAAGAAAUUGCCUUUUUUUUUCCGGUUAACCAACAGCAGUGGCGUUUCUGUGUUAACAUUACUACACCUCAAAAAACCUACCUACCUAACUUUUAAAUGAAUGCAGAAGUUGAAAAAAAAGAAUUGAUAAUGGGGAUGGAAGCGGCUAUAGUUGUAGAUGAGAAGUUGGGAAGGUAGGAUAUAUAUAUAAGGUUAUUUCAUUUAUAUCUAUGAGCAACGAUAAACCAUUGCUUGACGAAAGACGAUUUCAAGGGGAGUUCGGUAAUACAUAAUUUGAAGUGACGUAAUUUUUUUUUUUGCGAUUUUCGUUUAAAUUUGAUUUCAAAACGCUUAUUAAAAAAUAAAAGUCAUCCGAUGAUUUUGGAAAUUUUACCACGUCUAGAUAAGUCCAAUAUAAGUAUUAAUAUCAAGUUUCAAGUCUCUACGUGUAUUUAUAACCGAUUUACAGCAAAAAAAAACUCUCAAUAAUUAAAAUUCCUUAAAAGCUCAAAAGUGGCUCAAAAGUUUUGACGAUGACACCGUAAGAAGGUAAAUCAAAAAAGCGACACUAAAUGUGUCUUGUGAUUUUUCGAUUAAAUAAUUUUUUCUGGUAGAAAACGUCGUCCGUGUUUUUAUAACAUAAUGAAAUCGUGAAACUGUACGUUCUCUUACGUUUUUUCCCACUUAAGUGCUUUUAUUUAAAAUUAGCGUGAAAAACCAAAAAAAUUGCCUGUUUAAAGUACAAUCUAGACAACUCGAGCUUUCAGAAAAGUUGCUACACGUAAAUAUCGGAACGAGUUUUCUAGGAAAAACCGUGUCUACAGACUAGAACAAAGAAAUAAACCAAUAGUUCCCCCUCGCUUCUCUUGGAAUCUAAAAAUGAUUUCUCGCAAAACAUAAAAAUGUAUAUUUUAUCCGUGAAAAUAAAAUUAUAAUAUUGUCAAAUUUUAAUGUUUUCUGAUUAAAAUGUACGAAUAGGUUAGUCCAAAAAUCAGCUUUCUGAUAUAGGAAUUAUUAGUGUACGAGUAUAUUAUAAUUAAAUAUUAUACAAAUCUACUUGGUAAUUUUUUUUCAUUCGUAUAACAACAAUAACAUAAUAACAUUAAUAAAUAAUAUUAUAAGUAAAAUUAACAACAAAACGUUAUUAAUUAGUAAUCAGAUAAUGUAUACUAUAUUAUAUACAUUAUAUAAUAUACAUAUUAGCAAUUAUGUAUAUAAUAGGUAUAUACGCAUAUAAUAUAAUAGUAUAAUAUGCUAUUUAUCUAUUUUUAAAUACAGUUUUCUUUUUAUCAUGUAUUCAUUAUUUAAUAUGGCGGGAAUGAAUAACCUUGACCGAAUUUGUAUUAUAAUGAUCAUCAUAAUUACUUGUACAAAUACAGCCUUUGUAUACAGAGUGUAUGACAGUGUUUUGCAUUGUCAUUAAGUUUAAAAUAUAAUUGUAUCUACAUUUGAACAAAUGAUUAUACUAUAUAAUAUAAAGCAUAAAAAUAUAUUAAUUAUAUACUAUAAAAUAAAACAGUAAUAAUUUACAUUCGAUUGACUGCUCGAUAAUACACGAUGUUACCGUAUCACGUGUAUUUGCAUUCAUAAUUUAAAAUGCUUGUUAAAGUCUUAACAUGUUCGAUUCUGUUUUAAAUAAAAUAUAUGCCUAAUUUCAAACUAGAGUAUUUUUACUAUUUUACACGUAAAAUUUAAAUCGAUCAAUUAAUUCAUAUACAAAUAGCAUAGCUAAUCUUAAUACACGCUAUAAUAUUACAAUGCAAUCGUAUACAAUAAUUAAACAUUUGAACAAAACAUACUAUGUUUUCCAAUUUGAAUAAUAAUUAUGGGGUAGCCUUUUAUUUAAAAGUAGAACCCGAAGACACUUGUUUUAUUUAGGUAUGUUUAGGUUUUAUAUAACUACAUAAAGUAAUGCCAAUGAAUAUUACGUGGAAUAUAAAAUAUAACUUAUACAAAAGAAUACAUUUUUUUUUUUAAAUAACGAACAUCAUCUUACAAUGGUUGCCAGUGCCUAUACAAUCAUUUAAUUCCUGAGAUAUAUUUUAUUUUUAUUGUAUGUAUAGUUUAAAUCAGAACUUCUAUUUUAAUAAGUCGAUUUUUUCACUAUACGGCCUGAUAAUAAGGUUUAAUAUAAAUAUCAGGGCUGCUUAAAUUCAAAACUUAGUCUAAAAUUGCUGCUGAAACUGGACAAAUAGCAGUGUUAACUAACUAAAAUUUUGUUGAAUUACUUAUCAAUAAAAAAAAUUCAAUGAUACAUGUUGUCUUCUCUCUCACCCCCUCCCUCACAGGAGUUUUUGAGUGUCUUAUAAUCACAGUGAUUUUUUAUCCAAAUUUAUUCAUAUAAUAUAUACUAAUUAUAAGGUGUUCCAUGCAUAGGUGACGCUGGUUUUAAAAAUGUAAAUAGCGAUGUUAUUAUCAACUAGACGAGAAUGAAUUGCCCAGAUGAUUUAAUAUUUUCAACUGAAUCCGUUAUUUUGAAUUUUUUGAUAAACCUCAGAAACUUUUGAUUUGUUAAGUGUAUAAUUUCGACCCAGGAUAUCACUCCCUUACGGUUUUCAUAUAACUCUACUGUCAUCAUAUUUUUAAUGCGUCUUUACUGCUAAAACUAGCAAAAAAUUCGAUGUUAUAUUUCGAUGUUUCGAAGAAAAUAUCAAUAUUUUAUCCCAAUGUUUUGAAAUUUUUGUAUUUAUAUUUUAAAUUCAAAUUUCAUAGCGAAGUGAUUAUCUAUGAUAUUACUAUGAUGUAUGCUCACUAACUUCGUGUUUCGUGUAUAGUUUACUUUUACAAACAUUUUGAUUUGUCGAACCAUACUUUUGAUAUCACAUAAUCAUACCAUUCUUACUUAACCAGUAACCACACGAAACCGUGAAAUUGAAGUAGUUCAAGUGUUUCGUCGUGCGUUGGAACUAAAUGUUCGAUAUAUUUUAAUCUAUUUAAAUAAUCAUUUAUUAAACAAUAUAAAUACAAGUAUUCUGUAAGACAUUUUGUUUUAUCUACCUACUGUAAGCAAAGCUUGUGUUGAAGAUAGAGAGUUUUUUUCUUAUUGUCAAAACACUAAAUACAGAGUGAUCCGUUUAAGUGGGUACACUCAUUAUCUCCGAAAGUAUUAACUUUUUUUCGGAAUUUGUGUUACAGAACAUUUAAGAAACAAGCAGCCAUACAAUUUUACAUUUAUAUUAUUUUUUUCCUUUUUUUUUUUUGGAGGUAAAAUAUUUAAAAACUCCAUAAAUAGAUGAAUUAUUAGUUAAAAUAAAUUUUGGUGCUGAAAUGUUUGAUUUCCGUCAAUCCGUUAACCAGAUAUUCCACUUUUAAGUAUAUGGAUCAAGGGAGAGUAAUGGGCGCAUUAUUAAACUUCGUGUGCCGUGUCGCCACACUAAUGAUGCUCACUAAUCUCUAUACCGACCCAAAGUUAAAAAUUAUUUUAGAUUCUGAGCGGAGCAAGGAAUUUAUCGGUUUUAUAAUGAUGUUUAAUUUUUUUUUUUAUCUGGGAACAACUUUUCUACUAGCAAUUUUUAAGUGUAGAACUUUUUCUGAAAGGAAAUCUGACUGAGCUGGUACUUUAGAGAAGUAAUUUUUGAUUUUCCUAGAGGUUUUCAUAAUAAACGGGAAAACCAAAAAAAACGGAAAAAUGUAUUAUUUCCAAAUUGCAAAUUUAAGGUCUUUCAAAACAUGUAUAAUCGAAUUCUACUCAGAAUCGUUAGCAAUGGUUAAUCGUAGCGUACAGAUAUAUAUUCAAUUUCUCCUCUAUCUUCCCAACUUCUCACCUAUAACAGUGGCCCAAUACUAUGUUUUUUGUACUUAUUUUAAUUCGCUGUCUAUUUGUUAUGAUCAAUAAUUUAUCAUUUCAUACAAUACCUGUAUUAAACUAAAUUUACCUGUAUAAUAUUUUACCUUCCCAAUUACCCUCCUAUAUUAGUGGCGUAUCGUUAAACAGUAGGUGUAUAAACUUUUUAUUUAUUAUUUAUUUUUUAAUAGGUAAGUAGAAAAUAGUUUAAAUUUAAAGAUUUAGUUUUUUUUUUUUUUAAUUUUUUGUAUCACGCAUGACACGUGUUAACCAGAAAUUAUUUAUAAAACGCCGCAAUUUAUAAAUAAUUACCUAUAUUGUUGGUAUAAUUACACAAAUUUCACAAAUAAUGAGAAUUUAACAUAGUAUACAUGUUAUCGAUUGUUUUUAGUUUUUUUUUCUUUAAUAUUGGGUCAAACUAAAUAUUAAAGCGAAGGCGUGAGUUGGAAGGCCAUUAAGUUCUAGAAAAUUAUUAUAUACACAACUUAAAUAGAGAACGAACACAUUAAACCGUGGGUGUUAUUUUCAAACGCGCGGUUUUGUAUUCUUUAGCGGUUACACAUUUUACUGCAACCUUAACAUAAAUACAAUAUAUUCGCUCGUAAAACAUUUUACACGAUCCAUCAUUGUUAUUAUUAGGCACUAUAUAUGUAUUUGUACAGGGUGUAAUGACUUUAUCUAUGUACGGUAUAUUAUAGUUAUUAUAAAAUAAUGGUAGGUAUUGUGGUAUAUAAUCUAUAAGAAUUUGUCGUUGAAAAAAAAAAUCAAAAAACCAUUUUAAUACAAUAAAAUAUUAUGUACCUUUAGUUAAUUAUUCGAAAAACCAAGUGGUCGGGGAGGAGAUGAUUUAAUCUAACUGUAUCAAUUGUUUAAGUUAAGUUAAUCAUUAUAUGUAUUUUUUUUAAAAAAAAAAAACCAAUACAUUUAGAUUUAAAGUGGUUUUUUUUUUUUUUUAAUUUACCAAAUUUCAAUUUAUAGUCAAGUUGGAAGUUAGUCGUUCGGUAUUAGAUGCAAAUAAAAAAUUAACUAAAGAAACAUUUCGAAGUUGGGUAACAUAAACACCUAAAAAAAAUACCAAAUGAUUGGAUUAAACGGUAAACAUAUGUGUGUCGCUAAUUUCGUCAAAAAACUUGUGUUUUUUUGCAGCAGUAACAUUAUACUUAUUUGGCAAUACAAAACAAAAAAUAAAUAAAAUUCCGAGUAAAGUUCAUCGGUAUAUUAUUAGUAUUAUUAGCAAUAUUUCGUCGACCAAAACUAGCGAAAAAAAGUGUACAGAUGUAUGAUAUGUAUAAUAUAUUAUAGCGUAGGUAAUGCAUUUUGAUUUUACGCGGAACGAAUCAGCUACGUCUUCGUAUGGCUUGUAUACCCACUUUAUGUACGCUGCAGUAAAAGUAUUUCGCAUAACUCGCGGGCGCACAUAAAAAUAGACAAUUUCGGACACUCGUAGACGACGUCACGCCUUGACGGGGUACACCGAGGCCACAGAAUUUGUCGCGUGAGAAACGUCGACAUUGAUAUUUACCCAACAUAUUAUUUUACCUAUGCCUGCGGAAAAGAGUUGGUAUAGCUGCGGGCACGCAAAGUUCCCGGUGUUCUAAACGUAUAUUUCAAACAAUAAACUACCUGUAAUAUUCCGCACACGAUUUUGAAAACUGCAGUGUAUUGCAGUAUGUGCAAUGCAGUAUUGCAUAUGCGUAUGUGUAACGGAAACAUAAACACAGUAGGUAUCUUAAUUUCGCAACUAUAGUUGGCUGGACAUUUUUUUUAAAUUUCUCAAAAUACUUAUACCCGCCAAUAUUGGAUAGUAUGAAUUUAUAUUUACCACUCAUAAUUAAAUUAAUGCAACGUCACGAAUAUUGUGUACCUAUUGCCUAGUCAACCGAAUCAACAAACGUAACCCCGUACCCAAUAGGAACCAUGCGGAUGGACGGACACAACUGAGAUAUAAGAUGUUCUAAACUUACAUUUAACAGCCUAAAACGAUCACAUAUUUCGUUGAUAGGAUUUUACUACGGAACAUUAGUAUACACUGUAUCAUUGUACAGACACCUGUACAGCACCUAAAGGUACCGGUGGCGAUUUCGAAUGAGAAGGGCGGGAAUAUGAAUCAUGACUAGUGAAAUGUAAAAAUCAUUUAUCAUAUUUUUAGGUUGACAAUAUGGUAUACAAUAGAUAAAUGUCUACAUAUAGACAACUCGAUACCAGCUCCUUCAGACAAUACAAGGUGGUCCAUAUUAAGUGAGCUUACAUCAUUUACACUCAUUAUCUCGGAAAAUGUUAACUUUUUUCGAAGUUAUUGUUUUUUGACCAUUUUCGACAAGCUACUCUAAAAUGUUACACUACGAUUAAUUUUUUCACUUUUAUUUUUGAGGCUGAAAUAAAUACUCUUACUUUUGAAUGGCUUUAUAAAAUACUUUUAACCCCUUUGACAAGAUAAUGGAGAAUAGUGGAGUAUCAUUUGUGUGGUGACGCGGCGUUUUAAAAACGAUACACGCUACUCUCCUCCAACCAAAACUUAAAAGUGGAACAUCUCGUGAACGGGUUGACAGAAUUGAAAAAUUUCAACUCCAAAGUGUAUUAAUUAAACUAAUACUCCGUCUUUAUUAAUGACAUUUUUUUCAAAUACACGUCCUAUUUGAAAAACAAAAGUAGGUAGUCGUUCCACGCCCAAAAAUAAUGAUAUUGUAACAUUUUCGUAGCUGCUUUUUUCGUAAAAUUUUUUUAUAAAAAAAAAAUGUCAAUACUUUCCGAAAUAUUGGGCGUACCCGUUAAAAUGGAUCAUCUUGUACGUAUUUUAUUGGAGGUGGGUUAUACGACAUAUUAAGUAUGUAAUUUUGUAAAAUAUUACAUUCGCGUUCAAAGAACGGUAAUGGCGACGAUGUUUUCGCAUUGAAUAUUGUAACCGAGUAUUAAAAAAAAAAAAAAAAUGGGAGUCUGUGAUUACAGGAAAUUCGUAAAGCGUAAACACAAUCAUACGACAUCCCCGUCCUUCCAACCCUCGUGAGCACGCCCCUGAUAGGUAUCGCUACCUAACUUAUACUGUGCAUACGGGUACAAUAACGAAUAACGAUCGUUUACUGGCGCAUUAGAAUAUUUUUUUUUACGGAAAUCGCGAUAAUAUUUGCCCGUUAUUACAAUAGAACGGCGGCGCGCACGUCCGUACGCGCCCGCGUGUACUCGUAUUGUUAUUAUUAUUUUAUGUUUAAAUUUGUAAUGUUUUUUAAUACGGAUUUUUUUUAAAAAAUUAUUAUUAUUAUUUUUAUUCUAUACAGCUUAGCAGCACGGUAAACGUGCCAAUGGGCAGUUCUUUGUUGGCCGCCAACGACGUGACGUGGACAACGCCAAAACUGCAAUCGCUGUCGGAAAACACUAUUUCGGAACUGGGAGAACAAAUGGAAUCCGGUUAAUCCAUGUACGAUAAUAUACCUAUUGUUAUUAUUAAUAUUAUUCAAUACGUUGUGCGCCCAUCUCGAACCGAACGCGAAAAUCAUCCCCCGUUUGGGCGAUAAUCAAAAUAGGUACAUAAUAUACCCGCCCGUACAUUCAAAAUGUUAUAGCGAUCGUGUCGUUUUUGGUUUUUUUUUUUUUUUCUUCUCACCAUUCGAAUUUCAUUAUAAUAAUACAAUAUUAUAGAUUUAACAAUGUACAACUUUGACCUAUAGAGUUGAUUUUUGGCUCCGGUUCAAUUUGCAUGCGCACCGACAUUGCGGUUUAUUACACUGUUAUUAUUUCCGACGACGGCAGACUGUGUACAGCGCUGCAGGCCUGUACCCCGGCUGUUUCAUUAGCGCCUCGUCAUUUUUCUUUUAUUAUUGUGUUCUGGUGUUUAUGAAUAUAUUAUUUUAUUUUUGUUUUCAGAUCAUAGGCGAGAGAACAUUAUUAUUAUUAUUAUUACACGGAUAUAAUUUAAUAAGUACAUUUUAUAAAAUACACACUCGACAUUCAAUUAGUCAAGACAUCGUUUUAUUAUUUUAUUAGAAAUGAUUUUCUCUGUUAAAAUAUUAUAGUCACUUAUUUAUUUAUUUAUUAUUAAUAUUUUUUUUUUUUUAUAUAAAAAUGUUUUUUUUUUCUAAGUAAGAAUUUUUAGAAUUUAUUUAUGAGUAUAUUUGUAAUCGAGAAACGACCCAAUUUGUGAAAUAAAUGAUUUUUAAUCAUGGUUUUUAUUUUUUAUUUUUUUUAUAUACACGCAAACGUAU